AUGUCUGAACACGAGAACAAUGGAAACCCCGCCGAAGCACCCUCUGUCAGCGAGCAUCUCAAUAUCAAGGUGACAGACAAUAACAACGAAGUUUUCUUCAAAAUCAAACGGAGCACCAAGCUUGAGAAGUUGAUGAGUGCGUUUUGCGAUAGACAGGGAAAGAACAUGGCUUCUGUUCGUUUUCUGUUCGAAGGUCAGCGUGUUCAGCCAACUGAUACCCCCGACACGUUGGAGAUGCAGGAUGGCGAUACACUUGAAGUCCAUCAAGAACAGGUCGGAGGAUGGGACAGCUUUCAGGCUUAG